AUGCAGCCGAUUCUCCGCCAAGCGACGUCGACGGUCCGCGCGGGCCGCCGCCACGCGUCGUCGAUCACGGCGAUCCACGGGCGCCAGAUCAUCGACAGCCGCGGCAACCCGACGGUCGAGGUCGACGUGCCGAGCGGCGCUUCGACGGGCGCGUACGAGGCCGUGGAGCUGCGCGACGGCGGGUCCCUCUUCAUGGGCAAGGGCUGCCUCACGGCCGUCAAGAACGUCAACGAGGUCCUCGGCCCCGCGCUCCUGGGCAUGGACCCGACGGACCAGCAGAAGAUCGACGAGGCCAUGUUCGCCCUCGACGGCACGCCGAACAAGGCCAACGUCGGCGCCAACGCCGUCCUCGGCAUCUCCCUCGCCGCCUCCAAGGCCGGCGCCGGCGCCAAGGGCGUGCCCCUCUACCAGCACUACGCGGAUCUCGCGGGCAACACGGUGACGCCCAUGACGCUCCCCGUGCCCUGCUUCAACGUCAUCAACGGCGGCGAGCACGCGGGCAACAAGCUCGCCUUCCAGGAGUUCUUCGUGAUCCCCACCGGCGCGUCGUCGUUCUCCGAGUCGAUGGCGAUCGGCUGCGAGGUCUUCCACAACCUGAAGAGCGUCAUCAAGAAGAAGUUCGGCGGCGACGCGACGCUCAUCGGCGACGAGGGCGGCUUCGCGCCGCCCUGCGACGUCGAGAGCGGGCUGGCGAUGCUCAUGGAGGCCAUCGAGAACGCGGGCCACCUCGGCAAGUGCACCGUGGGCUUGGAUGUGGCGUCGUCCGAGUUCAAGGUCGACGGCGAGAACGCCUACGACCUCGACUUCAAGACGUCGGGGCCGGACAAGGACGCGUCCCUGAAGCUCAGCGGCGACGAGCUCCUCGCCAUGUACGCGAAGAUCUCCGCGGACUACCCCAUCGUCACCAUCGAGGACCCCUUCGACCAGGACGACUGGGACAACUGGACCAAGAUCACGGCGGCGCUCGGCGACAAGGUCCAGAUCGUCGGCGACGACCUCACGGUCACGAACCCCGCGAAGAUCGCGGAAGCCAUCGAGAAGAAGUCGUGCAACUGCCUCCUCCUCAAGGUGAACCAGAUCGGCUCCAUCUCCGAGUCCAUCCAGGCCGUCAUCGACUCCAAGCGCGCGGGCUGGGGCGUCAUGACGUCCCACCGGUCGGGCGAGACGGAGGACGACUACAUCGCGGAUUUGGCCGUCGGCCUCUGCACGGGCGAGAUCAAGACGGGCGCGCCCUGCCGCGGCGAGCGCACGGCCAAGUACAACCAGCUCCUCCGCAUCGAGGAGAGCCUCGACAGCCCCAAGCUGCGCGCCGUCGCCGAGCUCGAGACCUUCUUCGCGAGCGACGCGGACGCCGCCGCGUUCGCAACCACCGCCGCCGCGUGCCCGCGGACGUACGUCUACCGCCUGCCGCCGCGCCUCGUCGACUGGGCGCCGCCGGCCAAUCCGGGGACGCGCGUCGCGCCGGGCGUCUACGUGUCGGCGGACGCCGUUGGCGAGAACGCGAACCUCCUCGAGGUCGUGCUCGACCGGCUCUCGCGCCCGGACUCGCCGUGCGUCGCGACGAAACCCGAGGACGCGGAGCUCUUCCUCGUGCCCAUCCUACCGAAAUCGAAGCACUGGUCCGACUGGGUCGACGCCUGCGGGCGGUUGAAGCUCGAGAGGGCCGCGGCGUGGCGGAAAUCGUUGCCGUACCUCGACGACGGCAACGCGCGGCGCCACUUCUUCGUCUUCCCCCGCGUGGCCUACAUCCCCAAGUGCGCCGGCUGGUGGGCGACGCCCCUGGGCUUCGAGCCUUUUACGCAAUUCGCGCGCGUCGCCGUCGGCGGGUACGAGGAGUUCGCCGGCGACUACCAGCGGGGCAAGACGCUCAAGGGCCUCGACGCGCGGCAGCGGCGGCGGCCCCAGGACCUCGUGCCGCGCCUCGUGUCGGCGCCCUACGUCGCCGCCGUGCGCUGGAGCGCGCGCGAGGCCGGCCCGCCGCCGUGGGCCGACGCGCGCGCGCGGCCGCGGCUCUUCGCGUACUCGGCGACGCCCCACGGCAGCGCCAACGCCGUCGCGCUGCGCAAGGCGCUCGGCGACGCCUGCGCGCGCGCCGGGCCGGCGGUCUGCGACGCGGGCGAGCGCGCGCCCGAGAACGCGGAGCCGACGGACGCGUCGCGCGCGCGUGCGGCGCUCGCGAAGCGCAACGCGACGUUCUGCGUCGAGCCGCCGGGCCUGACGCCCGGCCGCGCGUCCAUCGUCACGGCGCUGCUGCUGGGCUGCGUGCCCGUUCUGUUCGCGCCCGAGCAGGACCGGCUCUGGCCGCUGCACUGGGGGCCCUUCCGGGAGGGCUCGCGGGUCAUGCUCGACGCGGCGCGGGCGCGGGCCGACCCGACCUACGUCGAGGCGGCGCUCCGCGCGAUCCCGCCCGCGGACGUCGCGGCCAUGCGCCGGCUCGUCGCGGACCGCGCCGUCGCGCUCCAGUACGGCCUCGACGACGUCCCCGGCGACGCGCUCCACGGCGGCGGGCGCCGAAAAAAGCGGGAGCGGGCGGGCGCGAGGCGGUCAGACGAAGUGGCAGAUGCGGUGGACGAGCUCGAUGGGCAGGGCCUCGGCCGCCGGCGCCGUCGUGGGCGUCACGGCCUCGGCGCCGACGACCAGCGUCUUGAGCGCGGCCGCGAGCGGCGUCGCGCACGCGUCGAGGUCGCCCGGGACGCACGCGUCGCCGUCCUCGCAGAGCUCGACGUGGCGCAGGAUCUCGGACCGCACGCGCAUGCGCCGGCUCCUCGUGAACACGAGCGGCGCGUCGACGAGCUCGCUCGUGUCGCGCAGGAACUCGAUGCAGCCGCCGGCGUUGAGCGAGAGCUGGUUGCGGUGCUGCGGCGGCGCUGCGGGACAACGGUGCGCUGGCUCUGA